AUGGGCGGUCAUGAAGGCGGCGAAACAGCGGCGGCGAUCACGAUUGACGUUUUUGACAAAGAGUUUACUUUUAACUUCCCGCGCAAAGUUAACGCCGAGACGUUGGAAAAAUGGUUUGAACAAGCGAUUAACAAAGCCCGCCGAGCGAUGAUCAAGUUUGCCAAACGCGACGCUCGCCUCUAUGACAUGGGCACGACCGUAGCCGGAGCAAUCAAAAUCGGCCCGGAUCUGUUUGUUUACAACGUCGGUGAUUCGCGCGUCUACCUUUACGACGGUUUGCUUACUCAAAUCACCAAGGACCACAACAUCCGUAACUACUACAUCGAGCACUAUAAGUACACCGAAGAACAGGCGGCGAUGACGCUGGGAGCGAUGGCGCUAACUAACGCGCUGGGACCGACUAAAAAGACCCACGUCGAAUGGUUUCACAUCCCGCUGAGUUCGCAAGCCACUUACGUGAUUUUGACGACCGACGGUAUCCACGACUACUUACCGAAGCCGAAGUUUGAAAUGAUUUUGGCGAAAAAAUCAUCGCUGGAAGAGAAACUGAAUGAAAUGGUUAAAAAAGCGAUCAUCGGUAAGUCUUCGGACAACUUAACCGGUAUCAUUGUUUGUUUAAACGAGGAAAAAUAA